AAGGGAUGCUCAGUGAUCAUAUUUACAUUUCAUCUUGAUCUUGAUCUUUUAUGCACUAUUAGUGAGUCACCUCUGAGACAUAAACGAUCUGUGUUUGGACUAUGAAAACGUAAUGACUGGAGGAUUUAUUCUUAGGACUGUGUGAGGGGGCUAAGGGGAUUAAUUUAUGAUGCGUUUCCCUCAGGUCCCACCUAAGCCCCUUUUAAACUCACAACGCGUGGGGUACGCCCACUCCAUUUCUGCCGCGCUGCGCUCUAAGCAUCAGGACCACUCUCUCCUUCCCCAUCAGAGUCACUUCGGAGCAGGAGAUCCCUCUGAGGACCCUCGGGGGAAUGGCCCCUGAACGGGAUGGCUCCAACACCACCACCACGGCCACCAGCCGAGUCUUGGCCAACCAGUUCGCGCAGCCCGCGUGGCGCAUCGCGCUCUGGUCCGUGGCAUACGUCACGGUGCUGGCAGUGGCCGUCUUCGGCAAUUUGAUCGUGAUUUGGAUCAUUCUUGCUCACAAGCGGAUGAGGACUGUCACCAACUAUUUCGUACUGAACUUAGCUUUCUCAGACUUCGCCAUGGCUGCCUUCAACACCCUCAUCAACUUCAUCUACGCAGCCCACGGUGACUGGUACUUUGGAGACGUCUACUGCAGGUUUCACAACUUCUUCCCGGUCACAGCUGUGUUUGCCAGCAUCUACUCCAUGGCCGCGAUUGCCUUAGACAGAUACAUGGCCAUCAUCCAUCCUCUGAAGCCUCGUCUGUCUGCUAAAGUCACACUAGGAGUUAUCUUCUGCAUCUGGACCCUCGCCGUGGCUCUUGCCUUCCCUCUCUGCUACUUCUCCACCACCAGAACUCUACCAGGGAGGACCUUCUGCUAUGUGGCCUGGCCCCGCAUGGUGGAUGACCCCUUCAUGUAUCACAUCAUAGUUACUGUCCUGGUUUAUGUGCUGCCGUUAGCUGUGAUGGGCAUCACUUACACCGUAAUUGGAGUGUCGCUGUGGGGAAGUGAGAUCCCAGGAGACUCAUCUGAAAACUAUCAUGCACAACUCCGGGCUAAAAGGAAGGUGGUGAAAAUGAUGAUCAUUGUGGUGGUGACGUUUGCCCUCUGCUGGUUGCCAUAUCAUGUCUACUUCAUCGCAACCGGUCUCAAUAAGCGUCUGAUCAAGUGGAAGUACAUCCAGCAGAUUUACCUGUCAGUGCUUUGGCUGGCCAUGAGCUCCACCAUGUAUAAUCCCAUCAUCUACUGCUGCCUCAACAGCAGAUUCAGAGCUGGCUUCAAGCAGGUCUUCCGCUGCUGUCCCUUCAUCCGGAUGUCCAGCUACGACGAGCUGGAACUCCAAAGCACCAGACUUCGGCCGUGUCACCAGAGCAGCAUGUGUACCCUCUCUCGAGUCGACACCAGCAUCCUGAGCAAAAGCAAGAGUAUUUGUUCCAGAGGAAACAGGUCAAAGGGAAACUCUGAGCAGAAUAAUAAAGACAGCUAGACUUCAUGGGACUCUCUCUCUCUUGUUUCCUGCUCAGAAUAUUAUGUUUACAGUGUUUUAUGUAUGUAAGUGUUUGGUAUUUUGACAACUUGUGUUAUUUUUUUUCUUGCAUAUCUUUCCAGACAAUUAAGACUAGAUUACAAGUAGAUUAAGGCUGGAAAAUAGUUACUAAGAUUUUGUUGCACUUAUAGUGAGAAAAUCUCAAAGUGAAGUUUUCAGCAGAACCGUUGGUUUGUCCUCCAAAUCUUAAAUAUGGAGAAGUAGUUGCUCCACCUCAUCCAUUGUCCAGACGCCUUUGCUGUGAGACACACUUCCUCUGAAAACAGGAAAGUUGCACUGUUAGUGCUUUGGCUUUGCACUGAUGACACACAUGGGAGUUGACAAUAGACUGUCUGAGAUAAUAACUUGCUAAAAGAAAGACAUUAAUGCUGGUGUUGACAGCAAACAGGACUAUAUUAUAAUAGGUUUGUGGAACCAGUGUAAAAUAAAACUCACAAGAAGAUUAGUGGUUUUGAGGAUAAAGACAGAAAUAAUAGACAGAUAGUCUUAACCACAACCCAAAGCGUCUUUGGCAUCUGUUUAAAAAUCUAUUUUUGAUUUCAAAAUAAACACUUAAAAGGUUUUCUUUAAAUUUUCCCAAAUUUAAAUGUAGCACUCCACAUAAAUACUUAAACACUGAAGUUGAAGGGAAACUUACAAAAACCUAAGUAUUAAUGACUCUAAAGCUGGAAGGUGGAUGAAGCUGAUGGAGGAAGUGAGCAAAACAGACAAAUUAUGAAUUUUAUAGACAGGGUAUCCUGUUCAGGUAGACUCCAUUUACAUGUUUUUUUUUUGUUUAGUUUUUUUUUUAUCUUUGGAGAGGAACCGUUCUUAUUUCCCCUUAGAAAAAAAACUCAUUGGCUUAAUGAGAAUUAUUUUGAAAUCUGCCUGGAGUAUGAAUAAUUUUAAGCUUAACUGUACACCCAGGAGUACAUUUUUCACCUGCGACAACAUACCAGUUGUUACUUUCACUUAUUUUCAGAUAAAUACAUAUAUUUUUUGUACCUGCGGUCCAUUCUUUAUUGCUUGAUGUCCAGACUAAUAGUUUUUAUUCUUCUCUGAAAUGUGUUGUGGAAAAAGAAAAAUUGUAUUUGCUGCAAAACGCUUCAAAAUUCCUAUUUCCAUGUCAGUGAAAGGGAAAUGUUAGCGCACUGGCGUUACAUUAAGAUGUAUAAUAUUUUGUAUAAAUGUGCUUUUCUGUGGUGCGUUUAAGGAAAAGAGUUGCUAUAUGUCGAGUAAAGCCUGUUAAUGGUUUGUAGAAUGAUUUUAUUUCUGUUUAAGGUAUAUUUCUUUAUGUGUUAGGCAUCAGUGGUUGUUAAUCCCUAAGAAAGAGUUUUGUUAAUACAAUUUAAACUGUU